GGACGCAGUGAAAGUCUGGCGACACACGCGAAAGCAGCUCAUGCUGCAGGCGUGGUCCGCAGAGUCGGACCUGAAGCGAGAGCUCCAACAGCUGCAAAGAUCCAACCAGGACUUGCAGCUUGAAGGGCAAGAGCCAGAGGAGAUUUGGUGUGGGCUCAAGCAUCUACGCAAGAGAGUUUUAGUCCUUGGCGCCAACCUCCACCUUGCAGGGGCUGAGGACCUGCGGCGGAUGGUGAGCGCCGUGGAGCACUCUUUGAAGGUGCAGGGGGAGCAGAUGCAACAGCAGCUCCAGGAGCUGGCAGCGGAAGAGUGUGGGCUCGAGCAGUCGCUGCAGGCCUCCUUGGCCCGCUUCGAAGCCUGGGCCGAGCCGGCCACGAGUUCCGGGAGAACUCGGAGGAAGGUCUCGGUGAAGAGGCCGAAGUCGGAGGCGAGUGAGGAGUCCUUGCGGCAGAGGGUGCAGGAGGUCACCAAGAAGCUGGUGCCCGGCACAGGAGGCUGGUGCCAAGCAGACCAUGACGCGUUUCUCAGGCUGCUGGGGCGCUUCCGGAACCGCGCCAGCGCGGAAUUCCUGCAGCAGGCGCAAGAGCUGCUGCCCCACCUGUCGCACGAGCAUCUGGUGGCCCACGCCAAGUGGCUCCUGGAGCAGGACGCCCUGCGGGCGGAGCAACAGGAGAUGCUGCAGCAGUGGCGCGCCCUGAAGCCGGCGAAAGCCGACGCGGCGGCCGCCGAUGCCGGGGCGUUGGCACGGGAGGCCGAGCAGGAGCAAUUGGAGCAGCAGGCGGCGCAGGAGGCACAGAGGCAGCAGCGAGCGGAGAAGAAGCGGCAGGUGGAGGCCUGGCGCCAGCAGCGCGCGCAGGAAGCGGCGCUUGUGGCGGAGAAGGAGGCGGCGCUCACGGCGGAGCGGGAGAAGGCGGAGGAAAGGCGGCGGAAGGAGCGGGAGAGGCAGAAGCAGGAGAUGGAUGCCUGGAGGCAGCAGAAGAGCCAGCUCAAGCAGAGCUGUGCUGCCCUUCAGGCGCCACAGACCCCGCCGGCAGUGCGCCUGAGCGACGAGGAGCGCGCGCGGCUGCGCGCGCGCAGCGAGUCCCUGGCAGCACGCCGGCGGGCAGAGCGGGAGCAGCGGGCCCACAUGGCCCGCAGCGCCUCGGAGGUCUUCCAGCCACCGCCGCGGGAGGCCUACGCGCAUGUUCCUGGACGCCUGGAGAGUCAUACGGAGCAGUACGUGCAGCGGAAGAAAAACUUGGAGGCUGAGGAGAAGUUUCGGGGCUGCCGCGGCGUGGUGCCGGGGAACUUUGCCCACCAGGGUUUGGUGCGCACCCUACGCGCAGCGCCGGGCUGGCGGGCGGCGGCCAGCUGAAGGUAUCUGUGGCACGCCGCUGAUUGCCUUCCUCGGCUUUCUGAGAUCAGGCAACCGAUUAGCCGAUUAGCCGGCCGUUGAGCGCGUGAGAUCCGUAAGCGGGGUUUCCUCCUUGGAAUGUCCC